GGGGAGACCACUGGUAUGCCUAGUUGGGUCCCAACACUCAUCAGUGCCCUACGUCGAGAUGAUCGUAAAUGUAACUAUUGUGGUAAAGUUGGUCAUCUCGAAGCUCACUGCUUCAAGAAGCAACGAGAUAAAGGUUAUGGUCCGGUACAGAAACGCCCCCGACAAGAUGUGCAAGAUGAGAAGUGCGAUGAGGCUGUACGUGGAAGCUAUCCUCGUACGAUGGGAGUCAUUUGUGGUUAUUGUUUGCGCAAGAAUCACACGGAGGAGCAGUGCCAGACUAAGAAGAAGGCACUGGCGCUCAAGUCCCGACUUGCGCAGGGAAACUAG